AUGGCAACCCUCGACAGCGUCCCCGACGAAAUCAUCCGCCACAUCCUCCACUACGUCUCCCCCGAGGACUGCUGCGCAAACAUACAGCUGGUCUCCACGAGGUUCAAUCGUCUCACCAACGAGGCACUUCUGUGGAGGUACUACUGCCUGGCCUCCUUCCGCUACUGGGACCACUCGCAGAAUCUCGACGGCAAGCUCUCCCUGAGGGCCUCGCAGACUGCCUGGAAGAAGCUCUGGACGAAGCGCAAGAGGCGGAACCUGGAAGUAGCUCAGCUGCUUGACGAUGUCAUCUCAACCAAGGUCGGCCGGCUGCAGAAGAUCGGCCAGAUAUGCAAGUUCGGCUACGAUGCGAAAGACUUUCUCGUGAGGCAGGCCCAGAUCGACGACUCCGCCGCCGACGUCCUCGCCCGGCGAUACUAUGCGAACACGGCCCUGGCCAGUAUACACCGGAGCAUCGCAGUCCACGAGUGGUCCCAGUACCAGCGCGCACCCCUGGCCGCCCAGGGCCUCGACCGCGCCCUCGCCGCCUUCGACAUGUUCUUUGUUCGCGGAGAGGACGACGACAUCGACGACACGUGCGCCGAGCUCGACCGACUAGCCGCCACCUUCCUCGAGGAGCAACAAAACCCCAAGAAGCUCUGCGCACGCGACAAGGCGCUCGCCCUGCUGAAAUGGGUCCGCAACAGGAACCUGGUCGGCAUGGACGAGCCUGACGAGAACUAUCGCAACCUGCGGAACUGCCUCAUCGGGCACGCCCUACAUGAUGACAGACACCCCUCCCUCCCCAUCAUAUCUGCUGCGAUCUACGCCUCCCUGGCUGAGAGGGUCGGCCUGCGCGCGGUAUGCUGCGCCUUCCCAAGCCAUGUGCAUGCCAUGGUUUUGGCACCAGCCGGGCAGGAUCUCAACGGGAAGGCAUCGUCUGCCCCCGUCAAGGAUGUGGACAGGAUGUUCCUGGAUCCAUACGGUUCGAGCGAGGAGAUACAGUUCGACGACUUGCGGUCGCGACUGGUGGAGCUAGACUGGAUCAACGGCAGGGAGGCCUUCCUGGUCGCCGCGCCUGUUCCCGUGAUGGUGCAGCGGGUCUCUAGGAGUCUGGCGGCGACGUUCGGCACAUUUUGGACCACGAGACAGGAAGACUUGGCGGCAUUAUACGGCCGUCCCGCUUCCAAGCUGACUGUGGAAAGCGCUGCGUACGCGGCGCGGUGGGCCAACCUGCUGAUGACCCCCGUGAGCAACUUCCAGUGGGACAGCACGCUCGACCAGUUCCUCAACCAGCUCGCGCAGCAGUUCCCAGAGGACGGCUGGAUGGUUGAGGAGUACAUACUACCACUGUACACCAUCUAUACGCAGUCUGUCCAGCCGCGCAUCAGGUUCACGUGGGAGAACGUCCCCGAGAUGCUCGGGAUUAUCCGCAACAUGGACAACAGGCAGCCAACAGUCAACCGGCGAUACACCCAGGAGAUCCAUCAGAACGUGUGGUACUCGGUCGGGCAGGUGUUCCGGCACAAGAGAUAUGGCUACGUUGGUAUCAUCAACGGAUGGGGCGAGAGAGGCACCCAGUCACUGCCUAUGCCGCACAACAUGUCGUUCGAGGAGGCCAUGGACGACAUGGGGGACUCCGGGACGGAUAGCGACACGGUCAGGCAACGGCUCCGAAAGAAGACUUUCUACACCUGCCUCAAGCAUGAUCACGACCGCCACGUCGUCGCGCAGGACAGGAUCGAGAUCGUGCGCGACCCGAGGCUCAUCCCCGACGCCCUGAUGCAGAUGGCCGGGAAGUUUUUCAAGCGGUUCGACCGCAAGACGUGCACGUUUGUGUCUAACAUCAAGGAGUACUUCCCCGAUGACUAA